CCCGCCCCGCCCUAAAAUGGCGCCUGCCUUCCGGGGAGCGGCGCUGAGGCGCUUUCCGGUGGCCCCGAUCCGCCAUGGCGGCGACGCGGCUGGAGCUGAACCUGAUGCGGCUCUUGAGCCGCUGCGAGGCGCUGGCGGCGGAGCGGCGAGACCCCGAGGAGUGGCGGCUGGAGAAGUAUGUGGCUGCUCUUGAAGACAUGCUCCGAGAGCUGAAGAAGCAGUCCAGUAAGCCUGCCCCAGAACUGCUGAAUGAAUACUCUCGCAAAGUGGACUUCCUAAAGGGACUUUUAGAAGCUGAAAAAUUGAGUUCAUCAACUGAAAAGGCACUAGCAAAUCAGUUCUUGGCCCCUGGACGUACACCUACAACGACCAAAGAGAGAACCCCAGCUACCAAAACGGUUCAUCUGCAGACAAAAGCUCGUUGCACAGGCAAGAUGAGGAGUGAGCUGCUUGGUACAGUAUGUUUUGGUGCUGCUGCUUCUUUACUGUUAGUUUAUAGAUUGUCUUGUUGCAUUCAGGUGCCUUUGGUGGCUAUGCCUCUGGUGUGUCCUAGGCUGGGUGGGGAGUCACCAUUAUUUUUGGUUUGGGCACAGGCACUGUGCUGCCCUUGGAGGUCUUUGAAUACGUUACAAGCAUUUUCACUUGCCCGCUGUAAUCUGUGUUUUGUUUCUCUUUCUGCUUUCCAGGAUCCCUUGGUUAUCAGUGAUUCUGAAGAGUUGAACAUAAGGAAGCGGAAAGGCCUUGUGUCUGAUGAGAAGCAGUCAGCAGUUGAGCUGGAUGCGGUGUUACAGCACCACCAGGACAUGCAGGAGAAGUUAGCUGAAGAAAUGCUAAGUUUGGCUCGCAGUCUCAAAAACAACACUCUGGCUGCGCAGAACGUGAUAAAACAAGAUAACCAGACACUAUCGCAUUCUCUCAGGAUGGCAGACCAGAACUUUGAGAAGCUCAAGGAUGAAUCUGACCGCCUUGAACAGCAUGCAAAGAAAUCAGUCAACUGGCUAUUAUGGAUAAUGUUAAUUGUAGUUUGUUUUAUAUUCAUCAGUAUGAUUCUCUUUAUCAGAAUUUUCCCAAAACUAAAAUGAUUUUUUAAAAACUGCCACAAGUGUAGUUGAAAGGUUCAACUGGUGUGAUAACUGUCAGUAAUCAAUUUUUUGCCACCUGUCAUGGCCUGAAAGAGGCUGUCCAAGGUCUACCCUUGCAUCUUUCUUGUGCAGUCAGUGGAUUCGGUGAAACCAUGGGGAGCAUUUUCUGUGUUUGGAUACUUGGUUCCUUUUUCUACUUAGUUGAUAGUGCCUACUGAGGAAAGAACAGAGAUAAAGAUAGCAAUUUACACUGAGCUCUGAACAAGUUUCUUAGCAGAUAGAUACAGUCCUCUCUUUUUAAUGUGGUUGUGGCAAACGUUAUGACUCCUGUAAAAGGCAUUUACUCAAUAGGAAUAUAAAUAGCGCCUAGGUGAAGUCUUUAAAAUUGUUUUCUUUUUUUUUUUUUUACCGCUUUACUGUACUGAACUAGGAUCUUGCUGCCAACAGGAUAUUUAAUUAUGAGGUUGUGUACAUAUACAGCUGUAGGGUGUAGGAAAAGAACGCUGCUAUUGAGUUGCUGGCCUGGCUUGGAUUCAGAGUGUGUCGACAGGUAAAAUUAUUCUCAGGCUCACCUUCUUCCCAGAUCAAUGUUUGUUUUUGCAGUCGUCUUCAGUUUAGGAGGGCUGAAUUUGCAUGCAGUUGCAAUGUUUGCUCCCCUUUUUGUAUGCACAAAUGUUCUCGCUCAGCGGCAGUUAUGUUGAUGCUCUUGCAUCAAGAAAACACUGUGACCCUGGCACUGUAGAACAGUACACACAGUACUCUGCAUAUGGUAUAGGCCUCACCUGUACAAAUAUUUUUUCACUGUAAGAGGAAGGCAAGGGAAGCUGGUAUCUUCAAGACAGAAAUAAAAAGAAGAAAAAACAGUCAGCCACUACCAUUUGAGACAAAUUAUUCUGGUCAGGAGUUUUCUUGUCAAAGCAGUAUUUUUUUUUUAAGAGAUUACUGCAAGAAAGUAAAGAUUGAAAUAAACGAGAGAAAAAAUUUUGAAAACUUCAAUACUGGAAAAAAAAUAGAGCCUGCAAUAAAGGUUUCCUGUAACAGUUUAAGAGCCAUUUUCGGGAGCUUGUAAUAAGAUAGAAGCAAACCUGGAGCGUUAAUCUGCAAAAUGUUGCUGUUUUCAUGCAUACACUGUUUCACAUUGAGGAAGAAAAGAGCAGUCCAUGACUCCAAAAUGUUUUUUUUUUUGCCAUUUCUAUUGCUGUCUUUAACCACUAGAUGGGGUAUUUUAGGCUUUUCUGUUUGGUCAUCACAGCAGCCCUAGGCAAAAGGAAGGUGAGGGAAAAGCUCUGUUUGUCACAGCUGAUUUCUGAUGAAAAUUCAGCUGCUGCUUUGAAUGUAUCCCAGUAAAGGGGACACACUGUUUCAGAAUUGCUUUUCGCUCCUUUCAAAAACAUUGUGUUAGUGAAGACAAUUAACAAUUUUAUGGAAAGUAUUUUUGUUCAUUUAACAGCAUGCUUCCAAUUUAUUAUGCCAGACAUUUAUAAUUACCAAAUGAGUGAUUAUACAACAAAGUACAGCUUUUUAUUUUAGCUACUUAUCUGUGUGAUAAUGCUGAUUCCAUUCCAUAAGCCUAUUACUUACCUUCAACUUAAUAGAAAUUUAUAGUUGUAGCAAUCCAUUUAUGGACGUUGCUACUUUAUAGUUCAUGAAAAACUUCUGGGAAAUGUUUGACUUUUCACUGUGCUUCGUUAGUGAAUCCUGGGUCACCAAACUAUUUUUGAAUUCUAAUUGUUUACUACUUUGCCCGCAGGCAUUUCAGUGCUGAGCUGUUCUUUUACAGCAGAGGUUGAAUGCACAACUGUAAUUUUUUGUGUGAGAUAGUGGAAUGAUACAACAUUAAUCCUUCAUCGUUGUCUAUAACAUUUCCCCUUUAAUACUUGAAAUAAACUUGUUUUUUUCCAGCUUGC